AUGGAAUGCACUGUGUUUGCCUGCCGUCCUACCACUUGGUGGAAAGUGGCAGGAUUGGGUGCAGUGGUGGCCUGGAUAGGGUGCAGCAGCAACAGCGUUUGCCACUUGGUGCAGCUGCUUUACAUGCAUGGGCCCCGUGCUUUGCUAUUUCACCUCAGGAAUGCUCACAAACUGCGCUCUUGUUGCUUCUGUGGCAAGCUGAUUCUGCCCCAGGAGGUGGCUUACACCGGGGGGCGGUUGAACGAAGUUACCACCUGUGCGCGGUGUCGGGGCAUGUGUGACCAUGAGCUGGUCCUUCACUGCGAGGUUCAGCCGCUGGUUGUCGACACCGCGCCCUUUGGGCAAGCGCGUUGCGCGGGGCAAGCACUUCUGAUUGCCUUUGACGUAUACGGCCCUCGGCCAUGCUUGGGCCGGUGCCCUCGUUCUCGCUUUGCCAGCUGUAGCUGGCGCUCUUACAGAGAGGUGGGCAACGCAGCUGUAUGCUUCGGGGCUGGGCUGCAGAUGCAAUUAAAGUGCCUGGGCAGCAUGCCAAAGAGGCCCAUCGUUGGGCUUCUCGCCGCUAUCAGUGAACAGUGGUUCAUUACAGACUUUGCGUGCACCAUUGCAGGCGUACCACUAAUUAUUAUGCAUCGUUCGACAGAUGCGAAGGUAUUGGCACACAUACUUGAUCAGACUAGUUGUUGCAUCCUCGUCGCGUCCAAGCACUUGAAGCAAAUAGUUCAACAAGCCAGCAUAGCUUGCAAAAAAGUGCCAACAGUGAUUUGGAUCAACGACUCUGAAGACUCGUACUGCCGGCCCUUCGAACAUCUUCCUGAAACCGACAGCCUGGUGUGCGAGCGGAGUUGGAUCAGUGUUUUGCAGCAGGGCAGCGUGGCACCCUUGCAGCAAGCGCCAGCUCGUGAUCCGAAGUCAUUGAUUAAGCUGUUGCCGUCGAGUGGAAGCACAGGCCUGCCAAAGCUUAUAUCGGUGACCGAGUGCGGUCUUUUCAAGCCGGGCACCGCGUGCAACCUGCAAUCAGCCGUGGAUGUUGUCGUUUAUGCCUAUGAAGCCAUUCGGCAAAGCCACGAUGUGUUAAUGCAAGGCGGGCAAAUAGGUGUUUUUUCUGGAUCCCUCGAUCGCAUCCUGGACGAUGCGCGGGCUUUGCGGCCAACCGUUUUUGCUGCCCCGCCUACCUUCUGGAAUGGGCUUCAUGCUGAGUUUGAGGAUGAGGUGGUCCAGGAGCAGGCAGGAGGAAAACCUGAGCCAACUGCUAGGAAUGACGUGUUGCAAGCGUGGCUGAAUCGGCCACCUUUGGGCAACCGCAUAGUCGCCCUCAUCUCCACAGGUGCUGCGCCGCAGCAUCACGUCCAACGCUGGCUCACGCGAAUCUUUGGAAAGAUGGUGCUGGAUUGCUACGGCUGUACAGAGACAGGCAGGCUGGCAAGCAAUGGAUCUGUUUCAAGCUCCGCAGAGCUUCGGCUGCGUGACUUGCCAGACAUGGGCUACCUUACGUCUGACCGGCCUCCCCGGGGCGAGAUAUUGGCCAGGACCCCGGAAAUGACCGGCUAUUUCAAUCUCGAGGGCCUCAAAUCAGACGGGACAAUUGCUGCGGAUGGGGACUCUGAGGACUGGAUAGUGCUUGGAGGUGUGCGAUACUUUUGCACUGGCGAUGUGGGCGAGCUAGUCUCGCCCGCUAACAUAAGAGUCAUUGAUCGCUGCAAGCACCACUUUAAGCUAGCUCAAGGCAUCUAUGUGGCACCGGACCCGGUCGAGAGCUGCUUGCUGCAGAGCCCCUUUGUGUCUCAGAUCUUCGUUUGGGGCUGCGGCUCCAUGCAGUCGGUGGCAGCGGUGGCGGUGCCCAGUAGCCAGGCCUUCCUCAAGUUGGGCCUGGACCCAUCCGACCGCGGCUGGGAGCUCCAGCACCUAGUGCUGCGGAGUUUCUCGGAGGUCAAAGGCUUGCGGCCCUGGGAGGUGCCGACGAAAGUUCUGCUGGAGAACCGCUUCGACGAGCGGUUUCAGCUGGGCGCUGGGAAGCUGAGCAGGGCCGCGCUGAUCCGGCACUACGCGCCGCGCCUGGCUGGGAAGGAAGGCAUCGACUUGGACAUUCCUCCCUCAAGGCGCCCAAAUGGCUCCGACAUGACCCUUUGUGACGGCUUGCGGCAGAUCUUGCAGAGCUUGUGCCAGAAGACGACAUUCUUGCCUGGUGAUUCUGUGGCGGCUUUGGGGCUGGAUUCUUUGGGUGUGGCGCGCUUGUCUGCCAGAAUCUCACGUCAUUUCGGGACAGAAGUGCCUCCUGGAAUGUUAUUCUCCAUAGAUACCUUGGCAGAUUUGGAGCGCGUAGCUUUGUGCGGACCUCAAACUGUGCGGAACGUUUUAGCCAAGAGGGCUGUUGUGAACUGGAGCGCUGAUGCGGACGCGGCCUUUCAGGCCCUGCUUGCCAGCUUGAGGCCGGCCGCAGGCCCCAAAGGGGCACUUCAGGCCGUGUUGCUGACCGGAGCGACCGGGUUCUUGGGAGCCUUCGUGGCCGCAAGGCUCGCCGGCCAGGCCCGGCCUGUGAUUUGCCUGGUCCGAGCUGCUGACCAAGCAACGGCUGAGAGGAGGCUCUUGAAGAGCCUGCGGUUCUACCAAGUCGCGGCGGACGUGGCUUCCAUCCAAGUGCUUCCGACUGCGGGCCUCGAGCUGCACGACUUGGGCCUGUCAAAGGAGGCAGCGGACAUGGUUUCAACCAGCACUUCUGUGAUAGUUCAUUGUGCCGCACAGGUGUCAGGCGUUUGCACAUAUUCGGCCUUGCAUUCCCCAAAUGUGCUUGGGACGCAGCAGGUGGUUGCCCUGGCCUUGCGGUCCCAUGCAAGGCUGGUGCACGUCUCAACUCUGGGAUUCUUGCCUGAUGGGCAUGCCGAAGUGCGCGAAGUUUCUCCGGAUCAUCUGCUGCAUCGGUCAGGCUAUGCGCAGUCAAAGUGGGUGGCUGAGCAGCUUGUGUGGAAAGCCGUCCGGCACGGUCUGGAUGCAGUGGUGCUGAGACCCGGCACGGUGUGGGGUGACGCAGGCACCGGCGCCAGCAAUCCGAAGGAUGCUCUUGGCCUGUUGGCUCUUGGCUUGACGCGCCUGGGCUGCAUCAGCCUGGACGCGCGCAGCCCGCUCCCGCCCGGCUUUAACCUCGUCCAUGUGAAUUACGUUGCCGACGCCAUCGUGGCAACACUGGAGGCAAAUGUGCCAGCAAAUUUCAACCCAAUUCACUUAUGUGCAUUAUCCUGCAUUCCAAUGACGAUGGUUUGCCAGUGGAUCCAGUCGGCUGGCUAUUCCCUGGAAGAAAUGUCAACCAAUCGCUUCUGUGGACGCGUUCUCCAGGUGGAUGAAGAGCAUCCUCUCUUCACCCUGCGUUCACAACUUGGCCAACCUCGGUCAGGCAUGCAGCAGUCGCUUCCUGUGGUGCGGUGUGGGCAUGAAUCAAUUCUGAACAUCAAGUCUCCACGAAAAGUCUCGCAAGAAGGCUUUCUCAGGGGCCUUAGCUUUCUCAGUUCCCUAAUGGGAUGA